AUGGCGUUCCUCAUCCUCGUAAUCGGGGACAUGUACAUUCCCGACCGGGCGCUGGAUAUUCCCGCCAAGUUCAAGAAACUCCUCGCUCCCGGAAAAAUCUCCCAGACCCUAUGUCUGGGUAACCUGACUGACAAGCACACGUACGACUACCUCCGGUCCAUCUCGCCGGACCUCAAGAUCGUCAAGGGCCGUCAUGACAUCGAGGCCACGUCUCUUCCCGUCGCCCAGGUCGUCACCCACGGCGGCAUGCGCGUCGGCUUUCUCGAGGGCUUCACCCUCGUCUCCCCCGAGCCCGACAUCCUUCUCGCCGAGGCCAACCGUCUCGACGUAGACGUCCUCUGCUGGGGCGGCACCCACCGUUUCGACGCCUUCGAGUACAUGGACAAGUUCUUUGUCAACCCGGGUAGUGCCACUGGAAUUUCCCUCACCCUGUACGUCUAUCAAUUGAAAAAGGACGACAAUGGAAAUGAAAACGUCGCCGUCGAAAAGGUCACCUACACAAAACCUGUCGAGCCCCAGCCCUCAUCGUCAUGA